UAGUAAGAACAGCAGGUUUCUAUAGAAUCUGUUAACACUCGUUUCUUUUUUAUUCAGUUCUACAAUUAACAACAUUUCAGGUGUGAAGUAUGAACCUUCAUACAUGUCACAUUUGUUCUGAUUCUGCUGCACCAGUGAGGAUCUUUUGGUUUUCUGAGCGAAACGAGGGUUCAUUUUUAUUUUUAAAUGUGAGAAUGUUUGAUGAAACUUGGUUUUAUUUAUAAUAAUUAAGGCAUGAAUUACAUAAAGUUAGCUGUGCUGAACGCACACCUAGCUGCCAAUCACCCCGCUGCAGCAGCUGUUCUCUAUCCACGCGGUGAUUGAGGCUCUCGGGGAAGCAGCAGCGGGGUUCCUCCGUGCAGCUCCAACCUCCGGUGCUCCGGACUCCAAAGGGAACGCUUUAAACCGUCCUCUUUUUAUCUGCUGCGACAUGCCGCUCACCGAGGAGCCGGUUCGUCCUCUGAAAGUGUCCCACCACGUGCAGCAGCCUCCUGCAGCCAGCAGGAAGAAGGGCGAUCUGCAGCAGCAGCUGAAGCACAUUCAUCUGAGUCAGGCUGCAGGUUUCUCCAGCGAUGAAGACGAUCCAGAGCAGGAUGGAGCAGUGAGUGGAUCGGAUCCAAAAGAGGCAGAACGGCUUGACCCAAGUGACCUGACUGACGACGCUCUCAGGGUUACUCUGCUUAAAUAUGGAGUUAAACCAGGACCCGUUGUAGCGUCCACCAGGGCCCUGUAUGAGAGGAAGCUCCGGACGCUGCUUCAGCCAUCUGGGCCGGAGGAGCUAAAUGAAGCUGAGAUUGGGAUUCUGUACUCGGAUAGUGAAGGUGAAGAAGAAAAAGAUGAGAGGCAUGAGGACAAAGCAUCAGGUUCAGAACAAGAUGACCGGGAAGCGGCGGAAAUGUCGGAUCAAACCAAACCACCAAGCAGCAAGCAGAUGGAAAUUCGACGCUCGCUCUCUGCGAGUUCAGACAAAGAGUUCAACAGCAGAAGUAUGCUGGAGCAGAGCCCGCGGUCCUGCAGGCUUAAAGACGAGUUCAGACCCGUGGACCGGCAGCUGUACCACACCCCCUGGAGUUCACCUCGUCGACAGGAAACAAAGGCUUUUCAUUCCUUCCAGCUUCCUCGGGAACCCGUACAAGAUGUUUUGAAAGAUCUCUUCCCAAACACCAGAACCAUACCCACGGGGCUCUACGCUGCUCCUCGGAGACCCAUCAAGGGUGCAGCUGGGAGACCCGUCCAGUUGGCCUACCCUGACCCGCCUGUCAGUCCCACCACCCAGGAGAGGCUGGAGGUGCAGCACCGACUGGUUCCAGCCUACAUACAGAUUCUGGUGUUCUUCACGGUUGUGUGCGUCCUGUACUUCAUAUAUGUAAAUGUAGGGGACCGCAACCCCGGUUUGGCUUUGCUGGAAAGUCUGAACCAGUGGUCCGAGGGUGAGGAGGGAGUUUAAUGUCAUGCUGAAACUCAAUCAGACUGUGGACAAGAUAAAUAAUGUUAGACAUGAAGCACAUGGUCAGGUGGGAUUCUGUGGAAAGUUUCUAAACCAUUAUUGUGCCUGUUGUAGUUAGUUGGGGAAACCAAUCAUUUCUGAUGAGACUGGUGGGAUAAAAGCUCCUCUGAAAGGGGCAAAGGUCAAAGUGGACGGCUGUCAGGCUAAAAAGACUCACCUCUAAACCGGUUUAGUAAAACGUUGUUUAGAAACAGCAUUUGAGGUAUCAAUCGCAUUAUUACAAAUUUCACUUUCCAUCAUUAUUUACGUGUAAUUCCAUGUAAAGCACACACACAGUAAGCUGCGACUAGCCGUAGCAUCAUAAGUGCUAGAAUCAUCUAACGGAUGAGGAAGAGGGAAACUUGGGGUUUUGGCGCCACUCGUAUCAGCCGUCUGCUCAUUUGCUCAGGAUUAAUCUCUGUUUCACCAAACGGAAGUUGUUCAUAGAGCUGUCUGCAGCAGGUGAGAUGUUUGCUCAUUAGCUUUGUGCCACAGAGCUCCUCAUUCAAGGUCUGAUCACGUGUGUCAGUGUGAUUAUUUGGUGGGGAAGUCAUAAUGACCAUGUCUGAUGACGUAGUCGGGAAACAUCUUCCUCAGAAACAGAAGGACAAACCUUCAGGUUCGUGAUUUCAUACUGUGUCCUAUUUACGUUCUGCUGUGUGAGCUAGCGCCAAAGCACUGUGUGAGGUGGAAUUAAACCAAAGUUUUAAGAAACUAAAUGUAAUUGUUUGUAGCAUUGGGGUUGUGUUUUGAUAUGAAUUUGAACUGUUUUAAUAAAGGAUGUUUGUUUCA